CCUCCUCCUCCUCCUCGCGGGCCCGAGCAAAACGUGUCGACCACACAGGACCAGCUGUGAGCGAGGGUGAGGUCAUGUCAGGCAUGACGAGCGGCGUGUGCGUGGAGAGCGACCUCUCCUCAAUGCUCCAGAGAAGCUCCGCCCCCUCCCACCAUCACCCGAAUCACCAUGGUUACGGUGGACAGGGACAGGUGUCCAGUUUGGCUCCGAUGCUGGACUACACCACAGAGAUGGACCGCUACCGUUCGUCCAUCGCCAGCUUCUACAAAACCAAUGUCAACAUGAACAUGAACGUCACAAACUUCCCUCAGUCUGCCAAGCUGGCGGCCCGUUUGGCGGCCGCCGCCCCCAUUUUCCCCCCCGCUGCUGCCAGGCUGGGCGCCAUGGCGACGGCGCCCUGGGGUUGCCACGACAAUAUGAACAUGAACGUGAACAUGAACCACCCGGCGGCCAUGUUCUGGGGCCGGCCCAAACCUGCCCCAACGCAUCACCAUCACCACCACCCUCACCAUCACCCCUCGGCGACACCAGGGCACAUGACCUCGUCACACCCCCACAGUACCAGCAUGCACCAGGGCGGCGGGGGGUCAGGAGGGGGAGGAGGGGGCGGAGGGGGCGGUGAGGGGGGAGGAGCUGAAAAACAUGGACAUACUGCCGCCUCACUUCCUGUCACACAGGGAACAGCACACCAUCACCCCAUGACACCUAGCAACGGGAACUUCCUCCCUGGUUAUGGCGGCGGGGCGGACUGUGGUGUCAUGAACAAACAGGGACACACCCACCCGGACAUGAUGGGCCUAUCAGAGAGCGCAAGCUGCAAUGGUGGAGGGGUGAUGGGUAGUAGCUUCCUGGGGGGGCUGGGAUUACCCCCCGGGGUCAUUGUAAUGGCGAUGGGGUCAGCGGGGGGUGGAAUCUCAGACGCUGGCAGCGCCUUCCAGAUGACCAGCAGCCAGCGGGCGCUAACGGACUGCCAGCAGCACGCCAACUCCUCCCCCUGCCCUUCGUCCUCCUCGCCAUCAUCGUCAGGUGUGACGACCGGGGGCGUGGCCCUGUCAUCGUCCACAUCGUCUUCGUCAUCUGGAGCCGUAGCCAAGAGGAAGAGGAAGCGGUGCGGCGUGUGCGGGCCGUGCAGGCGGCUGAUCAACUGCGGCGUCUGCUCGUCGUGCCGCAACAGGAAGACGGGUCACCAGAUCUGCAAGUUCAGGAAGUGCGAAGAGCUGAAGAAGAAGCCAGGGGGAGGAGGGGGGCCGCUGGAGCGGCCGCCCUCUGUCCCGACCGGCGAGGCAUUUCGUUGGUUCUUCUAGCCUUCCCUUCGCCAACAGAGUCGCAGCUCGAGGCCCAACAGGAAGUCACCAACACAUAUGGACCAUAAAUCCAGCUUGGAUGAAUUUAAAAACAAGGACUACAACUUCUGGAUUUGAACCAGACACUUUGCAACAGGAUUACAAUUUCAUACUGUGUGUAUGACUGUGCAAGACUACAAAUCCCACCUCAACUGGAACAGGGAACCAGCUAGGAGGGCAGAGGUAGAGGGAACAGUUUGGUCACAGCCAACAGGGAUUGACCAAUCAGAAUUUGUUGUUGAUGAUGUCAUAAUUGUCAUGUUUUCCUGAACUUGUUUGCAGGUAAAAACUCAGCCCUCAGAUAGAUGCGCACAGGUUUUCUCAACUCUAGAAAUGUUGUUUUUGCACGUUAGCACCACAUAACGCUACAGUUAGCGUCAAGUCUAGUUGGCGGGUUUGAGAACAGGCCGAAUUAAGUAGCUACCUAGCUAAACUGUGAAAAAUAGUGCCAUCCUGAGAUCCGUCGCUCGAUGGGAGACAAGUGUGUCGCGGUUUGAAAGAGUUCAAGAGGCACAAACUCCUCAUCCCUGAAUCCAUGCCUGACAUCUACUGGUGAAAUCAGAGCAUUGUAUUUGAUUGGCUGGUCCUUGGAGUCGAAUAUGUAAUGUUUUAUAGACAUCUGGUCACUCCACAUGGUACCAAAGAUCAGCCAGUAACAGAAGGACUGUUCUUUAGCUACUUGUCACCAGUGGAUGUCAGAUUUGAAAAAGAAGGAUGGUAAAAGUUUGGGUUUGUGUGACCGCUCUGUGCUGGUAAAGACGGGGCAGCAUCGAUAACAAACUACAGCCCUAAACAUGAACCUGAACAUGACGUUUACCUCAGCCUGAUUAUGUAGCUUAUGUAGCCUUGAUGGAUCCACAGAGUCCAGUCGUUUGGUCACGCUGAAGGUGACAGGAUCACCAAGUCAAGUUUUAUUCACGCUACUGAACAUUAUGUAGUCCUAUCCAAAUCUCUUGUAACUGGAGGAGUCAACAAAUAAAAGUCAACAGGAUGUGAAACAGUGCCAAUGGUUUGUACACAAAUGUUGUAUUCAUCUCAUGUCAACAUUGCGAGAUAGGGCACUUGGCCUUGUUGGAAGUCUGCACUCUCUAAUUGCUCUUCUACUUAAUAAAGAUUUAGGUAAAUAUAAGUAUCCCAUCUGACUCAGUAUCGGCAGAUACCCAAUAUUGCAAGACUUAGAUCAGGGCCAGAAAAACAUGAUUGGGAUAUCCCUACUAAUGACCUGUUUCUGAUGUGUAAAUAAUGUGCACAUCAACAACUAAGUGAGAAUUCUGACUUGGAAGGAAUUUUUUUUUCGGAAAGCUCGGGUUAAUCUGACUUGGCACUGAAAACCAAACAAAAAUAAAGCAUUUUUCUAUGUCUGGAAAGCUCUGAACACACCUUUAUCACAAGCCCUUAAUGUCACGUUCAGGUUAUAUUGGAUAUGUCCGAGCCGAUCCUAAGGAUCAGUAUCAGGGGAUGAUCCAGGCAUAUUUUUAUUGGAUCGGUGCCAGAUGAAAAGGAUCAAAAUCUAAUUCGUCUUUAACUGAACUCUACUCUUGUUUGGAUCAAGUAGCUGUGUAUUAAAUUUAGUAGCUAAAGCUGUUAUUUCUGUUUAUGUGUCAGAUACAUAUUUACUUACGCCUUUUGGUUUGGUUCGGUCUGUUCGGCAGCAGUAUUAUGGGAAAACUAGUGGUCUGAUUUUCAUGAAACCUGGUGGAAGGGUGUACCAUGCGCAGAGUGAGGGCCCAUUAUCUUUUGCAGCAGAUCCGAAUCACAGCGCAGAUACACACAUUUUUUUCCACUUGUGUUAAUAUUUCGAGAUAAGUCUGCGCCCUUCAAGUGCCAUUCCGGUUAAUCAAGAAUUAGGUAAAUGAAAACCAAACAACAGACGUCUCCUGUCAGCAAAAGCCCAUCACUCAAGGUGAUCUACUGUUAUAUUCCCAAUGCUCAGUAUUGUUAACCCUUUCACAACCAACUCCGCAAUCAACUGUCUUGAGUUGACUAAUGAAGUCGUAAACAUAAUAAUGUUUCCACCUCUACCAUCUGUCCCAGAUGUCAUACAAGUGGUAUUUAGCUUGUAUCCUCUCUGACAACCUUCACCAUCUGUGAUCAAACUGUCUCCUCCUUCCUCUUCUUCCUCCUCCUCCUAGCAAACCACAAACCCCAUCGUAGCCAAACCAGGAAGAUUCAGGCGCCAAGUGGACCACUGCUAUCACCACAGAAACUAUUACAGUUUGACCAAAACCGGACGACAAGUUAACCUCAAAGGAAAAAACUUUACCGCAGAGGGAGUACAAACUGACCUCGGCAGGAAGUGAUCCAGGACUGUUAUUAAGGACUACAACUUCACCACAGUAGGACUACAAUUACCACAUCACUGUUAUCUGUCUCUUCUGUCUACCUCCUCCUCAAGAACUUAAAAGGCACCUUGAUUGAUUUUUACUGGGCUGUGUUCCUGCUGGUACGACUUGAUCUGCUUCUCAACUCUCUCGAUGGUCCAGAGCUGAUCCCCUUCUCAUGGAAUCUGGUGUUUCAGAAUUUAUUUAUCAAUUUACUCCUCUGCCUGAAGGAGCAGUUGAACGUCUGAUUUUGUUUUAUCUGUCUGGAUUUCAAUGGAAUGUUCUCAGGGCGCAGUCAUACUUCCAGAUGGUUUUAUAUGAACUAAAGCAGACUGGAAAAACUCACUUUGUUGUAUUUUUGUAUUUGUGUAAGUGGUUGCAGUUGAAGGUUCGUCAUUUCUGUCUCCACAAAGAACAGUGUAAAGGGUUUCACUUUGAAUAUUGGCUCUAAAUUGGCACCUCUGGUCCCAAACGUUCAGAGUUGUAUUGGCCAAACCUUCACCAGGACCUCACAGAGAGUUCAGAACCAGUUUCUAUGUUCUUGUAUCAAUGCAGACUGUACCACAUGGUGACCAACAGGAAACAGGAGAAUCCACCUGCAGUUUAAAUGCAGUGUGGGAACUCACAGGGAACCUCUGGAUCUUUUGGGAAGCCUCUGAGCUGAACCCUGGGACUAAAAGGAACCGAACUGAACUGAGCGAGAUCAGAUCAGAACAUUCCACACUAAAAACAUGUAAUUUCCAGCACGUCUGUGGGCCUACCUCUGAGAUAACACCCCAACAUGUCCUGUGGUACCUUUUUAAAUAUACAAAGAUGUUCAGUCUAAAAUUCCGUUCUUAAAAACGCAAAAAGUCUUCCCUCAAUAAAUGAUAGCCAGCAUGAAUAUGCAAUGUUCCUGAGCAGCCCAGUCACAGGAGACAGUUGGCAUUUUAUGUUUCUGCAAACCACCAACAGGUUACAUUUGUACACUCCAUACAUAUCAUAUCAACGUUGUGGUGCCAAAACUGGGUGUUUUUUUAGCAAGACACAGUUUUAUAGCAGGAAUUGUGUCCCUAAAUCAGGCUAUGUUUUAGUGAGACAUCGGCAGAAUUUCUAACGGUGCUUGUGGCACCAAAACUGGGUUAUUUUCUCAUGAGACAUUGUGGUUUUUCCAACAGCAACCGUGGUGCCAAAACUUGAUGUUUCAUAUCAAGACAUCUGCAGCAUUUCCAGCAGCGAUUGUGCCACCAAAACUGAGCAUUUUGUAGUCAGACACCAUGAUAUUUCGAGCAGCGAUUGUGGCCCCAUAACUGGGUGUUUUCUCUCGAUACCUUGCGGUAUUUCCAGCUGCAACUGUGACAUCAAAACUGGGUGUUUUUUGUCAAGACAUCGGCAACAUGUCCAGCAGCGAUUAUGCCACUAAAACUGUGUUUGGUGAGACACUGGCACAAUUACAGCCGUGAUUGUGUCACCAAAACCAAACAGGGUAUUUUAAGCCAAAACAUAUUCGCUUUAUAAUAACAUAUAAAUGUUAACAGUAGUCAGUGGUUUGCAAAAACGUACAACAUCAUCAUUUUUUCUGGUGAUUUGGUUGUCUGGAGACCUUUACAUAUAACCUGAAGCUCCUAACAAGUCCUAGGCUGAACAGGGAUGCCGUAAAACUGACUACGACUGCUAUUCAAACUAUUUCACUUGGACUUGCUCCAGAUUUCUGUCAGUUUGACGAGGAUGUAAUGUUCAGUUUGGAAAAAUUUCCUCUAAAAUUCUUAUUAUAUAUAAGGUUAUAAUAAGUAAGAUUACAUUGCUCCCCCUAGUGGCAGUGAAGUGUAGUGAUCCACAGACCUCGGUGUAAAUAGUUUUUACUGGGAAGAAAUGGUCCCACUGAAAACUGUUGAGUCAGGUCUGUGGUUGUCCCGAGAAACCAGGACGUAGUUUCUGGAAAACUGGACAUUGCUGAUUUGGUUUUUAUGUUAACAAACUGGAUGGACUUCCAUGAAAUUUGGUUUAGACGUUCAUGGUCCCCAGAGGAUGAAUCCUAGUGACUUUGUUGAUCCCCAUCUUUACAUCUGGAGCCACCAGCAGGUCAAAGUUUUCACAAAAAUCUCUCCACAUCUACGAGAUCGACUGCCGCAAAAUCUGACAUUCACAUUCCCUGCAGGCUGAACCUCGACGAUGUUGAUCCACCGACAUCUCAGUUGGCACCGUCACUGUGUCAGAGCGUCUGCGCUCACAGACGUGUUGGAAAUGUUUUAUUUUAAUUUGUUUCUUUUAUUUUUGGGUAUCAUGAGGAAAACGUUCCCCUGCCUCUCCGUGGGAACUGAAACCAAACGUCUCCUUUCUCUCAGGGUGGGUUGAGAGGGAGGAAGGGGACGUUUGUUUUGCGUGUCUGUCCGUCCUCCUCCUCCUCAUGUAUUCUGUCUCUGUGACCUCCUCAUGUGCUGAAUUGUAAUAAAGCAUUUCAAAGAUGA